GAUCACGACAAAUAAAUGACUUUAAGAAUACAAUAUUUCUUCGGGCAUCACAUUGUUGUUGUAUUGAAGUGCUAAAGUGCACCCGCCGCCACUUUAAAAGAUUAAUUACAAUAAUGAUGCACUCCAGCACGCACGUAGCCGUACACAUUGUCCACACACUGUUACACACAUACACGUGAAUAUGCUGUGCACCAACCACCAACCAAAUAAACAGUCUCUCAUUUCUUCUUCCACAAGUUUCACUUGUUAAUUGUCAUUUUUGAUUUAGUUGAACACCCAACAUCGGCUGCAACGGAUCACCGGAUCAAAACCGUCCUCGUCGUUUUGUUUUAGAAAUUGUCAUCCUCCCUGAAGUGCAGAUCAACGACUUUGCUUUGACUCUCUCGUCGAUUAGACUCGAGAAAUAAUAUCGGCACUGACAGCAAAAACAAAAAACAAUAAUCAUUAUUUUAAUUAAAAUAAAAACAGAAAAAUAACACAAAACUUCCAUAGAGUAUUGUUGCUGUUGUUGUGAUAAGACCGUUCGUUCUCUGUGCUAUUAUUAUUCCAUAAUUCCAUUUUACUUGGCUGUGUAAACAAUUAUUAUUGUCAGUUCAGGAAGGCAUGCUGCUGUAGCAUCAGCCGCAUCAUCGUCGUCAACAUCAGCACCGUGCCUGCAGCAAUAGAAAAGAAUUGUGCGUAAAAGUAUUUUCCCCAAACCUAAAGUUUUGAUCAACAGAAUCUAAAACAAUUAUUAACUGAUGUGCUGCUAAUAUUGGACAAAAAUCAUAAGACGUUGUUGUUUUCAUACAUUUAACACGUUCAUCAUAAAAUUAUGUCGGAUACCUAUGUGAUAAAUAAUAUUGAGGAAAAUAGUAAUUUGUACGAAAUAUUAAAGAACUGCGUCAAUUUUAAAUCAUACGAAAGUCUGCCAAGCGAAGACUACAACGACGUCGUAUGCGAGCUACCCGAAUACCCGAGCACAAUUUACUUGGACAACUGCCAGAAAAUGAUAUCAACCAACAAUGUUUACUCUGUUAGCGGUAACAUCUCCAAUGGUAGUUAUAGCAGUGAAGAUUCCUUGGGUGACAAUAUCCUUGAAGAAAAUGGACGAAUAUCGUUGGCCUAUGAAAAUUUACGCACCAUACCCAGACGUAUUGCUGAGAAAUUUGCAAUGCAAACUAAAUUUUUAGAUUUAAGCUAUAAUAACUUUCAGAAUUUAUCAUUUCUGACAUUUUUUGAAGAUUUGCAUACGCUGAUAUUGGAUCGAAAUACCAAUUUGGAAGUGAAUUCGCUGCCGUUUUUGCCUAAUUUGAAAAUACUAUGGAUCAAUAACUGUGAUAUUAAAAAUAUUGUGGAUUGGAUACAGCGUAUACGCUCACAAUGUCCCGCCUUGGAAUAUUUAUCGAUCAUGGGAAAUCCAGGCACAAAAGAACCAUUCAAUUACUGUUCCCUAAAUAUAUACACAAUGGACCCUUUAAUCCUACCUGCCGGAAUGAUAACCGAUUAUAGAGAAUAUAUUCUACAAAUGCUUCCCAAUCUGGAAUACCUUGAUGGGAUUUCAAGAGCCAGUCUCUCGUCUACAAAUCACAGCAUAACAAAUGGUGGCCAUAUUAAUUCGUCACCCUCGCCAGCAAGUUCAAGAGGAAAUGGUUCAUCGUCCCACAGUCGAGAUAAUCGUAAAAUAUCGCCUUCAUUAAGUUUCAAGGAUCUCUUCAGAAUAAAUCGCCGCAAGAAAUCAUACCCAAGUUCUUCAACCAACUGAACUUGAAGUUCAGAGGAAAAUUUUCCACAUAGAUUAGUGACCAAUGGCUCCCAGCACAAACACAAAAAUAUAAAAUUGUUGCGGUUAUCAUGUUGUGCAUGAUGGACAACAACGAAGUAUACGAAUCUAGUUUGAUACCUAGUAACUAGACUGCAAGUUACAAAUGAAAAGUUGAUUUAUGUCUUCAUCGUAGGUUUUUUUAUAAUAUUUCUAUUUGUUUUGUUUGUUUGUUUUUAACACUUCACCCAUUCUUAUCGUUAGUAAUUCUUCCAUUCUGCUUGCUAACCAUUUUAUUAUGAUUAUUAAAAUAAACUGCCAUCAUUAUUAUUGCUAUUAUUACUUAGCUUAAGUCCAUUGUUAUUGUAAAUACUUGUAUGUUGCUUAAAAUAAUGGUUGAUAAUAAACUAUUGGUUCUACAAAUAGGAUUAAUUAUAUGAAAAUCAUCAAAGCAAUAAUAUGUUCGAAAUAAUUGCAACUGAACAAAUAUAAACACAUAUAUACAAUA